AUGAGCUCUGAGAGGUCCCUGGAGGAGAACAAUGAGGGACACUCAAAGGCAACGAGCUGGAAGGCCACGGUGAGAGAUGCUUUCAAAGACAUUUCCAUAUACUUCUCCAGGAAAGAAUGGACAGAGAUGGGAGACUGGGAGAAAAUCCGAUACAGGAAUGUGAAAAGGAACUAUGAAGCACUGGUCGCUAUAGGUCUCAGAUCUCCUCGACCAGCUUUCAUGUGUCGUCGCAGGCAGGCCAUCAAGCCCCAGGUGGAUGACACUGAGGAUUCUGAUGAAGAAUGGAUGCCCAGUCAGCAAGUCAAACCUCCUUGGGUGACCUUCAGAGUGGAACAGAGUAAACACCAGAAGGGCACAUCCAAGGCGUCACUACGUAAUGAAUCUAGUUUGAAGGAAUUCUCAAAAACAGCAAACUUUCUGAACAUAAGUGGCUCAGAGCAGGCCCAGAAGCCAGUAUCCCCUCCUGGAAAAACAAGUACCUCUGGAUAUCACUGUAGACGAAAAAUGGAACGUGGAAGAAAGGAGACUGAAGUAAAGACAUAUAGCCUGCGAGAAAGAAAGGUCUGCGCAUACCAAGAGGUCAGCGAGCCCCAGGAUGACGACUACCUCUAUUGUGAGAAGUGUCAGAACUUCUUCAUUGACAGUUGUACUGCUCAUGGCCCCGCUACAUUUAUAAAGGACACUGCAGUGGACAAGGGACAUCCCAACCGCUCAGACCUCACUCUGCCCCCUGGGCUGAAAAUCAGACCAUCAGGCAUCCCUGAGGCUGGGCUUGGAGUGUGGAAUGAAACAUCUGAUCUGCCAUUGGGUCUGCACUUUGGCCCCUAUGAGGGCCACAUCACAGAAGAUGAAGAGGCAGCCAACAGCGGGUAUUCCUGGCAGAUCACCACAGGAAGAAACUCCUAUAAGUAUGUGGAUGGAAAGGAUAAAUCUUGGGCCAACUGGAUGAGGUACGUAAACUGCGCCAGGGACGACGAGGAGCAGAACCUGGUGGCCUUUCAGUAUCACAGUCAGAUCUUCUACAGAACGUGCCAGCUCAUCAGGCCGGGCAGUGAACUACUGGUCUGGUAUGGAGAUGAGUAUGGCCAGGAGCUGGGCAUCAAGUGUGGAAGCAAGUGGAAGGGAGAGCUCACAGCACAGAGAGAACCAAAGCCAGAGAUCCAUCCAUGUGCCUCCUGCUCUCUGGCCUUCUCCAGUCAGAAAUUCCUCAGCCAGCAUGUAGAGCACAAUCACCCCUCUCAGAUCCUCUCACAAACAACUUCAGGAAAACAUCUCCAACCAGAGGAUCCUUGUCCAGGCCAACACAGCUGGAGUGACAAAGCUGAAGUUCUAGAGGUCAAAGAAAGGUCCAAACCUUUGCUUAAAAGUUUAAGGCAGAAGAGGAUUUCAGGGGCCUUUUCCAACCCACCCAAAGGCCAAAUGGGGUGCUCUAGGACACAUAAAAGAUUGAUGGAGGCCAGCACAGACCAGAAAGUGAAUCCAGAAGACACAGACAAACUAUUUGUGGGGGUAGGAAUGUCUGUAAGAGUCAAGUACAGAAGGUGUGGUCAAGGCUGCACUGAUAGGUCCAAUCUCAUCCAACACGAGAGGACACACACGAGGGAGAAGCCCUAUGUUUGCAGGGAGUGUGGGCGGGGCUUUACACAGACGUCAAUUCUCAUCCGACACGAGAGGACACACACGGGGGAGAAGCCCUAUGUUUGCAGGGAGUGUGGGCGGGGCUUCACGCACACAUCAAAUCUUAUCACACACGAGAGGACACACACCAGGGAGAAGCCCUGUGUUUCAGUUAUGGUGAGUGAGCCAUUACCAAUAAAUAACAUCUCAACAAUCACAGGAGAAAAAAUGUAACCACACACACUCCAUAUGCAUGCUGUGAAGGAUCUUCAAAGGAAGCCUCUUGACCAUUUACACUCCAAUUA